AUGGAUUUAGAAUUAAGGUGCAAUUUCGUACAAUGUCGUAAAGUUCUAAAUACCGAAGGUCGCGCGUGUGUGACGACUUGUUCGCGUAGAAUAUUUUUUGCGUGCGCAAACAGCGCAUUUUCUUCGGCUUUGGUAUGUCCGGCAUGUGAAACAAGCCUAACGGAAAAUGACGAUAUUGUGUUCACUGAUUUGAAUCCAAGUGAAGAUUAUAAAUCUUCUGUUCUUUCAGGUCUUCGGCCGGAUCUUAUUAUAGAAAUUUGCUCACGAGCUUUAUCAUUUUGGACAUAUCAAACGACGCAGGAGGCUUGUUUUCAAGAAAUGUUGUACAAGAAUUUGGAAGAAAAGUACUCUCAAUUAGAAAAGCAAGUCCAAGGAGUUUUGAGAGAUGCUCAAUCUGAAAUUACAUCUUUAAAAGUCAAACUUCAGGCAUUACAGAAAGAAAAGGAACAAGAAAAACGAAAAGCACAUGAAUUAGCUGAACAAUUACAAGAAAAACACAGGCAAUUUUCGAAAUUGCAGGGAAUGUACGAUAAAUUAAGACGUAGAACAUUGGUUCCGACGAUGCAACAACCAGUCCAAAACCGUACUGGGAAUUCAUUUUCAAACGCUGGAGCUAACAAUCCGGUUAUUGGUUCAAGACAAGGUGGAGUUCCUAAUCAACCUGGGUUAUAUGGUGAAAAUGGUAUAUUUAAUAAUCGUACAUGGAACAUUGAAGAAAAUCGUUAUCGUGAUCCAUACGUGGUUCGACAAGAUUAUCCAGUUGGGUCAAUGACAGGUGCAGGAAGAAAGAUGGACGGGAAUGAAAAUUAUGUUUUCCAACAACAGAAAGGACAAACUCGUUUUUCUAGAUAUUAUAAUACGAAAUUACAACCAGAAGAAAGAGUUCUUAUGGAAGCAGAUAUUUUACGAAAAUGCUUAAAAAGGGGUGAUUCUCAGUUAUAUCAUUCAAAAUAUUUUGUAGCAUUUAGGCGAUAUGCUUCAUUAUUUUUUGUAAUCGGUUUUGAAGAAGAGGAGAACCAUCUUGCCAUCCUUGAGCUCGUUCAAGCAUAUGUGGAAAUAUUGAAUACAUAUUUUGAUAAUGUGGUAUGA